CUUUGAGCCGGCGCUGUGUCAAUAAAGUUUAUUCAAAUAAACACCGCGGCGUCACGACACACAAUGGCAGCCAGCGGCACAGCUGUGACGGUCCUCACUCCUAACGGGAGGAGACAGGCGGUGAAGGUGUCCUCAAACACUCCGCUGUUACAGGUGCUGGAGGAUGUCUGCAAAAAACAUGGAUUCAACCCCGACGACCACGGCCUGAAGUUUCAGAGGACAGCUGUUGACCUCACGCUGCCUUGGAGGUUUGCCAACCUGCCCAACAAUGCGAAACUGGAAAUGGUGACGAGUACAAGGAAACAGGCUGUAGCUGACAGCCAGGUGCGGAUUGCACUACAGAUGGAGGACGGCUCUCGGCUCCAGGGUUCCUUCUCCUCUGGACAGAGUUUGUGGGAACUGCUCACACAUUUCCCCCAGAUCAGUGUGUCCGAGUUCUCUGAGUCAGAAGCCACCCCUGUGUGUGUUUACAUGAGAGAUGAGGUGAGUGGUGAAGAAGCACUCAAGAAGGCCACUCUGAAGUCUCUGGGUCUUACAGGAGGAAAUGCCAUCGUCAGGUUUAUACUCAAAAAGAACAAAGCACAGGGACAGGAAGAUGCCGAAGAAGCCACUGAAACAGCUGCUAUGCCAACCACACCUGUUGCCAAGGAAACCGCACCUAGCCCGUCAUCUCAGCCUGAUCCUGCUCCCUCACAGCCGGAAACAUCAACAACUGAUGUGACAAGUAAAAAAUCAGGCCCCGAUAGGCAAAUCGAAACACACAGUGCUCCAACUCCCGCCCCUGCUACAUGCAGCAAACUUCCUGUUCAACAGGAAGAGGUUCGAAACCCCCAGGAUGCAGUUCGGCCAAAGAUUCCUCCUGUCGGGAGAGGAACGCCAGAGGAGGAUGGCGAGGAAGCAGGGCCAUCAGGACUGAACUCUCACCCAUCUUCUUCCUCCUCCUCGGCUCCCUCGGCUCCCUCCUCCUACUCGGCCCCCUCGGCUCCUUUCAUUCCCUUCUCUGGUGGCGGUCAGCGCCUCGGGGGUCCACGGGGAACUUCAGCGGGACGCCCGCUAUCUUCAUCCUCGUCUGUGUCAACUCUGACUGCAGCAGUAGAAUCACCGAAAGCCAAGAAAGCAAAAUCCAGCCACGGUUCUAGCACCAAGCGGCAAACCACUGCCAACCAGCUGGACGAGGACAUGGAUCAAGGGGAGGAGUUCUUAGAGCCAAUAGAGAGGGAGCCCCUCGUCUACCACCUGGACGCAGUGUCCCGUCACUCUGAGGACCACCGAGAUCCGCCAGACGAGUUCUUUGAAGUGACGAUGGAUGACGUGCGUAAGCGCUUCGCCCAGCUGAAGAGCGAGAGGAAGCAGAUGGAGGAGGCUCCGCUGAUGACUAAAUCUCUAAGAGAAGCACAGAUAAAGGAGAAGAUGGAACGAUAUCCUAAAGUGGUCCUGAGGGUCCAGUUUCCAGACAGACAUGUUCUACAAGGCUUCUUCAGGCCUCUGGAGACAGUUGGCGCCGUGAGGCAUUUUGUGAGGAGUCACUUGGAGGAUCCUCAGCUCAGUUUCUACUUGUUCAUCACCCCCCCAAAAACCAUCCUGGACGACCCCUCGGCUACACUGUUUCAGGCCGACCUGUUUCCUGGUGCUCUGGUGUACUUUGGAUCAGACGCAAAGACAGAUUUUUACAUGAAGAGGGAACUAGUUGAAUCCUCUGUCUCGGCCUUGCAAGCAAAUGAGUCCAUUGCAAGCUGCAUGAUCCGGUCCACAACACCCUCCUCGCACUCUGAAAGCUCAGAGGAGCCGCUGCCUCCUUCAGAGCCGAGGGAGGACACCAGCGGGUCCACACAGGACGAGGGAGACCCGUCUGGACCCACCCAGGCUGCUAAACCUAACAGAUCUGACCCGGGAAAGGUGCCCAAGUGGCUCAAGCUUCCAGGUAAGAAAUAAGACUGCUGCUGUGUGUUGAUGGGAAGACUUCACCACUGACGUCUGACAAGCUGUUGAAGAGUAGAGCACUUGAACCUUUGCUGCGCUUUGAUAAAGGCUCAACCUUUUGGCUGCAGCGGACUAAAUCCAACAUGGAAGAAGCUUGCACUUGACUAGGUCUGAUGAGACAAAUGAGUGAGUGUAUGGUGAAUACUGGAAUGGAGGAGAGUUGUGUUUCAUUCCGGUUGAUUUAUCAGAGGAGAGAGAGUUAAAGGUGCUGCUUUUAUUCAGCAGGUGAGGAUGUAGUGUAAAGUGAAUAAAGAUGGUUG